CACACUCACCACCUCAGCCACCACCACCGGAGCCACCACCACCACCACACUCACCACCGUAGCCACCACCACCGUAGCCACCACCACCACCACACUCACCACCUCAGCCACCACCACCGGAGCCACCACCACCACCACACUCACCACCUCAGCCACCACCACCUCAGCCACCACCACCACCACACUCACCACCUCAGCCACCACCACCGUAGCCACCACCACCACCACACUCACCACCGUAGCCACCACCGGAGCCACCACCACCACCACACUCACCACCGUAGCCACCACCACCUCAGCCACCACCACCACCACACUCACCACCGUAGCCACCACCGGAGCCACCACCACCACCACACUCACCACCUCAGCCACCACCACCGUAGCCACCACCACCACCACACUCACCACCGUAGCCACCACCGGAGCCACCACCACCACCACACUCACCACCGUAGCCACCACCACCUCAGCCACCACCACCACCACACUCACCACCGUAGCCACCACCGGAGCCACCACCACCGCGGUGUUCGCACGCGACUGCGAGGAGGGGAAGACUGCGGUCGUCUCGCUGAGAAUCGCCGCCGCCGUCGUCACUACCGAAGACCCCAAACGAAAGGCGCGGAAUUGGUUCAUAUGAACCCUGUUGGAUACGUAAAAAAAAGACCGGUUUUGAAUCAAGAAGGCUAUCCUGGGCACAGCGAGAUGGAGGCAGCGGAGGCUCCCGUGGCGGUCAUCGUGAAGCAAGAAUGGGAGGACAGCCUCGACUCCGAGGCACAAACUCCGGGAGACAAAGACGGAGAAAGCAGCCCGUCCGUCGGGACGUGCGACUCGGAGGGACACGUCGACCCCCGGGAGAGGGCAGCCCGCGCUCGCUUGCCGAUGGCGGACGGUGGUGACAGCGGCGACAACAAGGUGGCCCUGGCGGAAUUGGCGUUGCACCCCACUGGCUCGCGCGAGCGACUCCCUGCCGCGUCGCGAUCCCAGAAUUCCGGCCGGGGCCUUCGCGAGCAAAACCACGAUGGCCGCGUCGACCGCCGCGACGGCGACGUCCGAUGGCCGCGGGGAGACGACAGGCGGCGGGGGGAAGGCGGCGACCUCCGGACGCGGUCGUCCCCCAGAGCGCGCCCGCGGGCCACCGUCAAGAGCGAGCGAGCGAAGCGCGAAGGCGCCGACGACAAGUUCAUCUGCGGCAUCUGCUGGCUGGGCUUUGGCGACCCCGACACCCUCAAGGAGCACCAGGACCUACACGCCGCGGAAGGGGCGGCUCUCUCGGAGACCGAGGCGCGACCCCUGGCGCCCGACGCCGGCGGCGGCGAGGGGCGGCUGGCGGUCGCGGAGGCCGCGGCGGCGGAGGCACGGCGGCAACAGCGCGGCGACCACAAGAGGGCCUUCACGACCCUCGGGACACACGAGGGCGCGGAGCCGCCGGACGAGCCGGUCGCGAACCCCGGGGGGGCGGCGGGCGCUGGGAGCCCGCCGGUUCCCGCGCCGGCGGGCGCCGUGUUGGACGGAGCCGACGGGAGGAGGCGGCGGCGGCGCCGGCGGGAACGGCGGAGGAGUUUUGAGGUUGCGUUCGAGAGCGCCGAUAACGGAGGGCCGGAGAGCCGGGCGUCCGAGGAGUCGCCCGGCUCGGUGAAGCGGCGACGAGGGGAGGACGAAGAAGAAGAUGACGACGACCCCGUGACGACGUUGGAGUGGGACGACGAGCCGCCCGUCUCCACCAGCGCGCACGCCAUGCUCUCGCCGCCCCCGGCGCACUGCACGGCGGACGUCUGGGAGCACUUCGGCUUCCCGCUGUCCGAGUCGGGCGCCGUCGACCGCACGGUGACCGUCUGCCGCGUGUGCGGGGUGAGGAUCAAGUACUACAACACGACCAACAUGAGAAAGCACCUGCAGCGGCGGCACUCCGACGUCUUCGGCACCGGCGUCAGCUACAACUGCGCUAGCGGCGGCGGCGAGGCCGGCGCGGUUGCGGGCGCCGGCAUCCCGCUGAUCUUCAAGCGGGUGAAGUUUUCGGUGAAGGGAGAACGAGAGUUCGCCGAUGAAACCGGCGCGAGCCGCGGACAGGACACGAUGCGCUACGCGCUGAUUACAAACGCCGGUCCAGCGGCCGGGAAACGAUUGGGGACGGACGGAGGCCCGCGGACCGCCGCGCCGAGCGCUCGCGACGGAGAUUAUGACGGCGGCGGCGGCGCGUUCCACGGAGCCGAGGCAACGGCGGAGAAGAGGCCACCACGGCAGAGUUGUGACGUCGCAGCGUUCAGCAGCAGCAACGGAGGGCAGGAGGGAGCGGCGUGCGAGACUCUGCUCACCCCCAAGGGGUCCCUCGCCACCGUCAAACAGGAGCACGGGGAAGCUGGAGACGCCGAGCCUGAAGUGACGACGUUGGAGUGGGACGACGAGCCGCCCGUCUCCACCAACGCGCACGCCAUGCUCUCGCCGCCCCCGGCGCACUGCACGGCGGACGUCUGGGAGCACUUCGGCUUCCCGCUGUCCGAGUCGGGCGCCGUCGACCGCACGGUGACCGUCUGCCGCGUGUGCGGGGUGAGGAUCAAGUACUACAACACGACCAACAUGAGGAAGCACCUGCAGCGGCGGCACUCCGACGUCUUCGGCACCGGCGUCAGCUACAACUGCGCUAGCGGCAGGCGGCGGCGAGGCCGGCGCGGUUGCGGGCGCCGGCAUCCCGCUGAUCUUCAAGCGGGUGAAGUUUUCGGCGAAGGGAGAACGAGAGUUCGCCGACGAGGCCGGCGCGAGCCGCGGACAGGACACGAUGCGCUACGCGCUGAUUACAAACCCGGUCCGGCAGCCGGCAAACGAUUGGGGACGGACGGAGGCCCGCGGACCGCCGCGCCGAGCGCUCGCGAUGGAGAUUAUGACGGCGGCGGCGGUGGCGUCGUCGCGUUCCACGGAGCCGAGGCAACGGCGGAGAGGAGGCCACCACGGCAGAGUUGUGACGUCGCCGCGUUCGGCAGCAGCAACGGAGGGCAGGAGGGAGCGGCGUGCGAGACUCUGCUCACCCCCAAGGGGUCCCUCGCCACCGUCAAACAGGAGCACGGGGAAGCUGAAGACGCCGUGACGACGUUGGAGUGGGAAGACGAGCCGCCCGUCUCCACCAGUGCGCACGCCAUGCUCUCGCCGCCCCCGGCGCACUGCACGGCGGACGUCUGGGAGCACUUCGGCUUCCCGCUGUCCGAGUCGGGCGCCGUCGACCGAUCCAUGACAAUCUGCCGCGUGUGCGGAGUGAGGAUCAAGUACAACACGACCAACAUGAGGAAGCACCUGCAGCGCUGGCACCCGGACGUCUUCCGCGCCGCGGGCGCCGGGGGCGGUUUCGAGGCGGGCGCGGUGCCGGCCGCCUUGGCCGGCUCGAGGCCGCAUCACGGCCGGUCAAGCGGCGUGCCGGCGAUCUGCAAGCUGCUCAAGUUGUCGGCGAGGAGGUGGGGGGGCGCGCAGGAGGUCUCCGACGCCGGGAAAGCACCCGGCGAUCGACGCGGCGGGGAGGGGCGCGGCGGGGGAGGGUACGGCGGAGAGUUCGACAGAGCCGCGGCGGCAGAGACGAGGCCGCGUCCGGGCUCCGAGGUUGCGUUUGGCGGCGGUGGUGGCGGUGAUAACGGAGGACGGCAACGGGGUGGAGUGUCCGAGGGGUCCAUGGACGUCGUCAAGCGGGAGCACGGAGAGACGAUGGAAGACACCGUGACGACGUUGGAGUGGGACGACGAGCCGCCCGUCUCCACCAGCGCGCACGCCAUGCUCUCGCCGCCCCCGGCGCACUGCACGGCGGACGUCUGGGAGCACUUUGGCUUCCCGCUGUCCGAGUCGGGCGCCGUCGACCGCACGGUGACCGUCUGCCGCGUGUGCGACGUGCGGAUCAAGUACUACAACACGACCAACAUGAGGAAGCACCUGCAGCGCUGGCACCCGGACGUCUUCGGCACCGGCGGCGGCGGCGGCUACGACGGCGGCGGUAGCGGCGCACCCACGGGCACCGUCCCCGGCGCGAGGCCCGAGCACGAACAGCCGCCCGGCGUUCCGGCCGUCUUCAAGCGGCAGAGGCUAGCGGCGAGGAGGGAGCAGGAGCUCACCGAGAAAGUGGGGCGUUUCGUCGCGCUCGAGAUGAGGCCUCGCGUCGUGGACAACGUCGGGUUCCAGGACCUGAUCCAGUUCCUCGAACCGAAGUACCAGCUGCCUUCAAAGCUGCACUUCAGCGAGCGCGUCAUCCCCGACCUGUACGCCAAAGUGGCCUCCGCCGUGAAUGAAGAGCUUGAGAGGGCCGCUUCCGUGGCGCUCUCCUCCGAGGUGUGGACCUCCGGCACGGCCGAGCGGUGCGUCACCGUCGCGGCGCACUUCGUCACCGCCGGCUGGAAGCUGGAGCGCUUCGUGCUGCGCACGCGGCCGCUCGAUGGGGGCCCGGCGCCGGCGUCGGUGGCGCCGGCGUCGGCGGCGACGCAAGAGGGGGCCGCGCGCGUCGCCGACAUCCUUGCCGCCACGGCCGCCGAGUGGAACCUGCACCGGCCGCACGGUUACAUCCCGCUGGUGACGGACGGCGCCGCCGCCGGGACCGCCGCCGGGACCGCCGGAGCUUCCCGGGAGUCGGUGCUGAGGCCCCGCAUCGGGUGCUUCGCGCACGCGCUGAACCGCGCGGCGCAGAGGGGGCUGCAGGUGCCGGCGCUGGCUCGCCUCCUGGCCGAGGUCCGCCGCACCGUCGGCUUCUUCCGCCGGAGCGUCGCGGCGACGCUCGUCCUCAACGGCAGGCAACGGGCGCUCGGCCUGCCGGUUCGCGAGCUCGCGGUCGACGCGCCGGGCAGGUGGAGCAGCGCCUACGAGAUGCUGGAGUGCUACGUCGAGCAGUACCCGGCCAUCGUGGCGAGCGUCCUGUCCGAGGAGGUCCUCCGUGACCUCUUCCACGAGCUGCCGCCGCUCGUUGACGAGACGCUGGCCGACGCGGAGGACGUGUGCGCGGCCCUGGAGCCCGUCAUGUGGGUCACCCGCGCCCUCUGCGAGGAGAAAGGGCCCACCGUGUCGACCGUCUACCCGUACACGCGGCGCGUCGUGGAGGCGAUGGCGCCCGAGCGGGGCGACAGCGAGCUGGUGCGGGACGUCAAGAAGGCGGUGCGUGGCGGCGUGGAGAGGCGCCACGCCGCCGCUGACGUCGAGGACUUCCUCAAGGAGAGCACGGUGCUCGACGCGCGCUUCAAAAGCCACCUGGACGACGCCACGCGGCUCCUCUGCCGCCGCUCCCUCGUCCGGAAAACCGUCGGGCUGCACGAAGCGCUCCGGCCCGACGGGCGGGCCAAGCGGGACGCCGCGGGGGACCGCCGCGCCGCCGGGAGCCCCGCGGAGGAGAGGAAGCGGGGAGGGGCGGAGGGCCGGGCGGGCGACGUUCGAUGCUCGGGUACCGCCGCCAACGGCCUGCGCGACCAAGUGCUCGCCGAAAUGGAGCUGUACGAGCAGGAGGAGCCCAUCGCGUUGGACGAGGACCCGCUGGAUUGGUGGGCCGGGCACGAGUUCAAAUUCCCACAGCUGGCGCUCGCGGCCAAGCACUACCUCGGGGUGCCGGGCACGUGCGUUCCCAGCGAGUGGGUGUUCACCGCGGCCGGGGACAUUGUGACGGCGCGGAGGGCGCACAUUACGGUGGACGAAGUGGACCGGCUCGUGUUUCUGGGAAAUAACUUGAGAUGACAUUUUUUUCCUCUCUCUCUCACGUCCUCGAAUGCACGACCGCCUUUCAUUUGCCGGGGGCGGUGCGUGCGUGCGUGCGUGCGUGCGUGCGCGCGCGAACGUUCACGGACGUUCGUCGAAACCCGACGUCGGAAGUCCGGACGGUGCGGAUUGGCGACGACUCGCCGUGAGACGACAGUUUCAGUUUCUCUGACGCCGCUCGAAUGCUCGACUGCCUUUCGUUCCCAGGGCGGCGUGUGCGUGCGGUGUUUGCGGCGCGCGCGAACGUCCACGGACGUCCACGGACAUCCAUCGAACGGACGGACACGCCAUGAAGCAAGGCCACAUUGGCUAUUUCUCCUCUUGCACCGCUUCAAGAUGCAAACAACUCAUGACGUGUACCCAGGCUUGCCCGCAACACGUUUGAAGCUUUGCUGUGAAGUAUUUUUCAUGAGCUUAUCAUUUCCAUGAAUGGCAUUAUUCUCGUUUUCUCCGAGCAUCCAAGUGUAUGGUCCAUUUAGUUACCCCUGUUGCCACCCGGGUUUCAAAGGGUAACUUAUUGAAUAUUUUUAAGUAAUUUUCUUUUUGCCUUCCAUACGUUAACCCAGCUGUCCCGAUAUUGGCAUUCCUCGUUUUAUCAUCCUCUCCUCGCCCUUAUUGCGUACGUCCAAAUUCAGAUAUCAGGCGACGAAGGUUAAUACAUUCCGAGAGAUGCGGUGUUCGAUUUGGCUGCAUUGGACAGCAACAUCGCUGGUCAUGUCUCUCUUGCCGUGCCUCGGUUGUGGAAUUCCCCUUCCGCUGGAAAUUCGUUUAUCCGACAAUGUGGAUACUAUAUUCUCGUAGAAGGGAAACAAUAAAAUAAUAAAAAUAUAA